AUGUUUUUGUCGAGACUUGCUAGACUGAAUGUCAUUUCUAUAAAACCACUAGCCGCCCAAGGCCUCACAUCGCAGAGACUCUUCUCGUCUUCGCUAGUGAGCUACAAAACGAACACAUCCACAAGAACAAAGGAAAACGUCCACGACUUGAAAACGUUUUUUGAGUUAAUUGGAAGAGAUACCAUAGAGCACCACGACUCGUUUGAAGGCGAUUUACAGAAGUUCUUGGAUACCAGUUCGAAGGAGAUGAAGGCCAUGGGUAUCGAUGUAUCUACCCGCCGUUACAUGUUGAGGUGGAAAAACAAAUUCAUCAAUGAUUUGGAGCCUUUGCGUGAGCACCAAAGGGGCAAGAAGCGUAACGGAGGUGAAAGAAAGGAGAAGCAGGUGUUGGCCCAGAGAAAGGCAUUGAAGAGAAAGGAGGAGAGACAACAGUUCGCCAAGGACCGUGCUGCUGGUUUGGUCAGCGAUGAGAGAGUCUUUUAA